AUUAUUACUAUUAUUAAUUUUCCACAUUAAUGUCGGGUAUUCAUUUCAAUGUAUUUAUUUUAACUUCAUUUAAAUUUUAUGUCCCUGAUAUUUAUUUGCUGAAUUUUAGGCAGGAAGCGCUCCGGGCUGCUCUGAUUGAACCAAAACGUUCAGAUGAAUCCACGUGAUCUCGAAGCGCCUGAAGACCGUUAUUCUGUCUCCUUUUGUUUAAUCAUAGUUUAAUCCAGCAGACGUAAAUCUGAGGCCUCGCAGCUCCACCUGAUUGGUCGAGGUGUUUCAGGUGGAGAAGCCACACCUGGCGGUGGGGGAGUCGUGGCACGCGCAGCUCCUCCUCCUCCUCCCCCAGCCCCGCCACCUCCGUCCUGCCUGAGCUCAAGAGUCUCCUCGCGGUUCAGCUCCGGACUGCUGCUCCGAUCCGAGGCAGAAGCUCCGCGGCAGCGUUUAAUGUGUGAGUACUCAAUCCAGAUUAUAAAGAAAUAGACGGAAUAGUGAAGUGAGGCGGAGUUCUAGCUCAUUCCUCUUUUUUAGGAUGUUUGUAACGAAACGCGUGCAAUUACGCACGGAAUGUCUGAAUUUGGAAGUCCGAACCGCAAACUUUGGAAUUCCAGACGGUUACCUGAAUUUAAUCUGUGCCAUUUAAGCCCAGAAGCGCCUCUGUCUUCUAUCAGCAGGAAGAGAGGACAGGCUGUGAACAAAGCUUCAUCAUGAACUGGGCAUUCCUCCAGGGCCUCCUCAGCGGGGUGAACAGAUACUCCACAGCCUUCGGCCGAGUGUGGCUCUCCAUUGUUUUCCUCUUCAGGAUCAUGGUGUUUGUGGUGGCGGCAGAGAAGGUGUGGGGGGACGAGCAGAAAGACUUCAGUUGCAACACGGCUCAGCCCGGCUGCCACAACGUCUGCUACGAUCACUUCUUCCCCGUGUCUCACGUGCGCCUCUGGGCCCUGCAGCUCAUCUUCGUCACCUGCCCGUCUCUCCUGGUGGUGAUGCACGUGGCCUACAGGGAGGACAAGGAGAGAAAAAACAAAGCCAAGCAUGGUGAGAACUGCCAGAGCAUCUACCAAAACACUGGUAAGAAGCGCGGAGGCCUGUGGUGGACCUACGUCCUCACUCUGGUCUUCAAAAUCGGCGUGGACGCCACUUUCAUCUACCUUCUUUACCACAUCUACGAAGGCUACGAUUUCCCCUCGCUCAUCAAGUGUACGGAGGCGCCUUGCCCCAACACGGUGGACUGCUUCAUCUCUCGGCCUACGGAGAAGAGAAUCUUCACCAUCUUCAUGGUGGUCACCAGUUUCAUCUGCAUCCUCCUCUCCAUCAUAGAAAUCAUCUACCUGAUUGUCAAACGCUGCCAUGAGUGCAUCUCAAGCAGAGGCAGCCAUAACUCCCGCUCCAUCAGGACCCACACCAUGUCCAGCGGCAGCACCCUGAUAGCAGCAAACACUCUGAAACUGGGCAGCAAACACACCCCUGAGACACCAGCGCCGUCGUACAUGGUCGCCGUGUCAUGAACGCGUUGUUAAAACUCACGAAACAAAGACAGAACUCCCAUCACGAGUCUGACUUUCUGAAUCAGGAAUAUUACGUGUCAUAAAUCUGGAAUGUGUUCAUUGUUGGGAGCAUUUAAAGUGUGAUGAAGCUCCAGAGCUCCUCCAGAGGAAACCAGCAUGAGCAUGUUGGAGCUGCAUGAGUCACGGCUCAGUUCGGCACAUGCGGUUCCUCCUGUGUAAGAUUUUCCUUGUGCUGAAGCCCAGCCGCAGUCGCUCAGCCCUGUGCUGACACGUCUGCUCCUCCUCCACUCAGACGCUCUUAUUGGACUCUGUGUUUGUUGUUGUUUUUGUGCAUUUCGUUAUUUUUCUGCUGCUUCUGAAAAGACCGGAUGUGCAUAUUUGACAGUGUUGAGGUGUAAGUUUACUACGUUUUUUGUAAAUGAGAUCCGUAAUAAAUAAUGUUUUAUGUUUUGAAUGAAA